AUGGUGGUUCUGGAUUAUGAGAGGUGCGUAAGUUAUUUCUUUGCCGAUGAACCGGCAGCAGUGCUUGCCGGUAGAAUCAGGGUCAGAUAUACAGAGCAAUGCCUCGAUCUUGAGAUGAGAUUAAAACUAUGUUUUGAUAAUCUCGAAUUUUAUGCUGUAUUAACAGUCCAGCCUGUAAAUCUUUCCAAAACUGAAGCACUCUGGUCGUCGAGAGCAAUCGGUGCUCCCAAAUGUUACAUUUCAGUAGGAGAUGUUAAUAUAAAUUGGGCGAAUGUGUUUAAGUACUUAGGCUAUUUUAUAACUUCUAAAUUAGAUGUCAAAGUACGUAAACAUCAUCAUCGCAGUACGCUGGAACGUGAUGAUGAAGAAUCAGAUGAAAAUGAUUCACCAUUUAUACGCGAAGAUAUAAAAUGA